UUUCUAAUUGAAAGCAAUAGGGCUUUAUCCGUAUUUUGGGUGACGUGGCCAAAGCUUUCUCAUUCGUUUUGUCUUCGCACCACCGCAAUGCGUUGACGACACCCACCAUCAUCGACGACGACAACGAGAUGCAACAACUCCGACAACUGCGGUCAUAUUUGCAGACAUCACUUUAUAGCCAGCAGUUGGCGAGGAAAACAUUGCGACGAGGAUCUUGCACCCAUAUAAGUUGCUUUUUGUCUCUGAAGGACAAACCAGCCACGCACCAAGUUUCUCUUUUUGAGCAGCUUUUGCAUUUUCGUUUCCCACCAAUCUCCCUUCCAAAGGAAAGUAGUUUUGAGAUUUCAUCAUGCCACCCCGUUCCGAAGAUAUGAAGGACUUCCACCACCACCACCAUGAGAGUACGCCGUUGACGAACCCUGAUCAUCACAUGAGCUUUUCUGACAAUGACGAAGGCGAGAAAUCAUCUUCCAGCAAGCGUCCCUACCAGCAAUGGGUUCUUUUGGCGGUCGCCCUCUUGUUUGGCGGUCUUUACGCGAAGGAGUUCCACGCCAAAUCGGGUGGUGGUCCAGCGCGUAUUCAAAAGUCCAAGAAAGAGGCACUGAAAGAUGAACAACCGCAGCAAGAUGAUGAUUCCAUUGCGCCUGCUGACAACAACAACAAGAGGUACUCGGGUCCCUACAAGCUGUCAGAAUGCCAUGAAGGCGAAGAAUUCUUUGAUUAUUAUGACUUUUUCGAUGGAGAAGAUUCGGAAGGAUCUGCAGGAUACAAUGUCUAUGUCGGUGAUAAGCGUGCCUUCCAAUCGGGAAUUGCCAAUGUUACCGAGGAGCUUUACUACGAAGAGACGACUGGACAGCAGGAUCAAGUUCCCUUUGUCUACAUGUCCUCGGCUCCCACCAAAAAGGGACCUCGGGAAUCAGUUCGUCUGGAAGGACGCACUCUGUUCAAUCGAGGGCUGUUCAUUUUGGAUGUCCAUCACAUGCCGGCCGGCUGUGGGGUCUGGCCUGCCUUUUGGCUCACCAAUGAAGAACACUGGCCUGAUUACGGCGAAGUCGAUAUCGUCGAAGGAAUCAACAAUCAGACCAAGGCCAAGACGGCACUGCAUACAUCCAGCAAGUGCAGCAUGUACGCCCAUGUGGCGGAAUACAAUCGAACGGGAGUUUGGGAUCGAGCCACUGGGAUCCCUGAUACCUACACAGGUGACAUGGAUUUUGCCACCAGCGUGCCCGCCGAUAACUGCUGGAACUUGGCGGCACAUCAAUGGUCCAACCAGGGAUGCGUGACUGUCACCAGCGAAGAUGGCACCAUUGGUGUCCCGUUGAAUGAAGCGGGUGGUGGAGUGUACGUUCUCGAAUGGGAUCCAGAACACCGAUACAUUCGUUCCUGGGUAUUCCCACGCAACAAGGAUCUACCCAGCAAUUUGGAAGGUGCCAUUGAAACGGCUCAUGUCAAGGACUCGUCUCAACAAAUUGUCCCGGAUCCUCAAGAGUGGGGGUUGCCCUAUGCUUACUUUGCCAUUGGUCCCACCACGGGAUGUUCUGCUGACCACUUUCGCGAUAUGCGCAUUGUCUUCAACACGGCCUUUUGUGGAACCGUGGCUGGAAAUCGUUUUGGAAGGGAUUGUCCCGCCGAAGCCCAGAAGUUCCAGCAAGGAGAGGAAUACAACCCCGUGCAGUCCUGCAAUGCCUUUAUCGAAAGUGAUCCAGCCGAUGUGAUGGCAGAAGCCUAUUGGAAAGUUCGAGGUGUCUAUGUCUACGAGCGAGAGCUGGAAAAGAAACGGUGAACAUGAUUCAAUGAAAGAAUCCCGAGAUAUCUCAAAUGACAACGGAGAGAUACCCCUUACAUGUACUCACAAUAGAUUCAAUUCCGAAGAGUCAGUCCUUUGACGCAAUGAAUAGAAUUCAUGUUACCUACCUAUGGAGCGUGUAAUAGUUGCUACUGAUAGAAAUCGCGACUCUGGUCUCCAGACAUUCACACUUUUCGUUUUGUAGGUCGUGGUGCAGUUGAAGGAGUGGUGUGCUUGCUUGAUCCACACAAGAUCUUCGGCUUUGCCGAUUGCCCUAUCUGCAACUUUGCCAAUAAGAUCAUCCAUAGGAGCUGUGUUGCC